AUGAGAGGAGGCCUCAUCUCGUCGUUCUCCAGGCGCCUCCUCUCCACCGCCGCAUCCUCGCCGGCCGGUGACCGCCUGCCGCCGGCUCUGCAUCUCGCGGCCGCGCGUGGCCUGCUCGGAUCUCACGCGGGGGUUGAUAUGAGUGCUUAUACUAGGCUGCACACUCUUGGUUGCUUGGUACAGGUGCCAGUCACUCAAGAUGCCAAUGCUUUCGAUCGUCAGUCUGCUGUGGUGCCUCUCAGCAUUGGAAGUGCAAGUACCCUGUCAAAUCAGUUGCCUCCAUUUUCUGCUCGUCCUCUCUAUACCUUGGUCAGUCAGAUUGAAAGUGCAAGUAUCCUGUCAAAUCUGUUCCCUCCAUUUUCUGCUCAUCCACUCUAUACCCUUGCCAAUCAGACUGAAGGCACCUUGGCAGAUAAAUACAUUCCAUUUGCAGCCCGUCCUUUGUCUGCCUUCGCCCAUCAGGUGGAAAGAGAGGAGCAGAUAGAUGGGAGUGGGAAAGUUGUCCAGGGGGGGGAGCCAAAGGGAAAUAUGGGUGUGAUUGAUGGUGUACGAACUGAAGCUAAUUGGGAUUGUGAAGGUGUCGUCAGUAUUCCCCCUAAGUCUGACUUUGCUGGAGGCAUACCACCUAAGGAGGAAAGUGAGAAGGAAAUUGAUGAUAAUGGUGAGGCUACAGAGGGAAACAGACAGGGGACAGAUGGUGACGGCACCCAGCCGGAGGGCGGCAAAGUACCUGAUGGGACUUCUGCAGGCGGCCAUCAGGGUUCAGAGGGCAGCGGGAGCAACGGAGAGCGGGGAAAUUGGGAUGGGUAUGAGAACUACUUAUUGUAUCUACUGGCAGAGCAGCGGAAGGCGCAGAGCGCAGAGAGCUGCAAACUUCUUGAGGAGAACCAAAAGCUUCAAGCAAGCUUGGAGUCGUUUCGCUCUGAUACAGAUAUGAAGAUGAUGAAGCUUCAGUUAUUUCUCAAGCAUCUUGCGUUGAAGAUUGUGUUGGCUAUGCUCUUCGCUCUCCUGAUGGCUAUGCAGUAUGUGCUGCCGUACACUCCCGAAGGAAAGAUACUGAGGGAGCGCAUAAAGAAGGUGUUGCAGCAAGGGGAGUCUGAGUAAAGACAGCUGUUGCCGACAAGAUGAGUUGGUUCUGGGUCUUGCUAUCAUUUGCCUGAUCCC